UACAAUGUCUGCAAGUAAUUCGAAAGAAAUAGUAAUAAAUAAUGAACAUCAAGAUAUUGAACAAGAUGAAAUUACCGCUAUUGAUUUUGAAUUAAAACAAAUUGAAAAUGAAAUGCAAAAUCUUGAGGAUCGUAAAAAAAUCUUGAUUCAACGUAAAGAAAAAUUACAAGAUGAUGCACUUUUAAAAAAGAGUUUAUCUGUAUCAAAAAAGGAUUGGAGUAAAGAAGAUUUUACAUGGUCUAAAGAUUUGAAGAAAACUUUAAAAAAUGUUUUUAAAAUAGAAAAAUUAAGAGAAUUACAAUUACCAACUAUGAAUGCAAUUAUGUCUAAUGAAGAUGUUAUUUUAAUUAUGCCCACAGGUGGUGGCAAAAGUUUAUGUUAUCAAUUACCUGCUGUUAUUAGUAAAGGUAUUACAAUAGUAGUAUCACCAUUAUUAUCAUUAAUGGAAGAUCAAAUACAUGGAUUACAAAAACAUAAUGUAAAAGCUGGAAUGUUAAGUGCAAAAUGUAAUAAAGAAAAUGUAAAAAUUAUAAUGAAUGCACUAAUAGAUAAAAAAUCUGAUCUUAAAUUAAUUUAUGUUACACCAGAAUAUAUGGCAAAAUCCAAUCGUUUCAUGAAUAAGUUGCAAAAAGCUUUUGAAAUGAAACGUUUAGAUCGUUUUGCAAUAGAUGAAGUGCAUUGCUGUAGUCAAUGGGGACAUGAUUUUAGACCUGAUUAUAAAUUUUUAGGAAUAUUAAAAUCCAUGUUUCCAGGUGUACCAAUUUUAGGUUUAACAGCCACUGCUCCAGCUAAAAUUAUUGUAGAUGUUCAGAAAAUGUUAGAUAUUCAAGGUUGCUUGGUUUUGAGGGCUACUUUCAAUAGACCAAACUUAUUUUAUGAAGUUCGGAGAAAACCAACAGACAAAGAUACAUGCUUAGCUAUGAUAGAAAAUUUAUUAAAAAAUAGAUUUAAAGAUAAAUCUGGAAUAAUUUAUACAACUACCAUCAAAGAUGCAGAACAAUUAACAACUGAUUUAAGAGCAGUAGGUUUAAAAGUUGGAUGUUAUCAUGCAAUGUUAGAAGCAGAUUAUAGAUCAGAAGUAUAUUCCAAGUGGAUAUCAGGAAAAUAUCAAGCUGUAGUGGCUACUAUUGCUUUUGGAUUAGGUAUAGAUAAGCCAGAUGUUAGAUAUGUUAUUCAUCAUUGCAUUUCAAAAUCAAUGGAAAGUUUUUAUCAAGAAAGUGGGCGUGCAGGUAGAGAUGGAAAAAAAUCCAUGUGUAUAGUAUUAUACAAACUUCAAGAUAUUUUUAAAUUAAGCACAAUGGUAUUUCAAGAUAAAGUCGGUUUACAAAAUUUAUAUAAAAUGUUAGCAUAUUGUUUAGAUCAAACAUCAUGUAGACGUAGUUUAAUUGCAACUCAUUUUGAAGAAUCUUGGACUAGAAGUGAUUGUGCAGAAAUGUGUGAUCAUUGUCGGAAACUUAAAGAGAAUAAACUAAAUAUAGCUCCUUAUUGUAGACAGUUAUAUCAAAUUAUGACAAAAGCAGUGCAAAAUGAAACUAGAUUGACUGUCUUAAAACUUAUAGAUGCUUGGUAUGGUAAAGGUGCAUCAACAUUACGAGUAUCUUCUGUGCCAAUACCAAAAUUUACAAGAGAAUCAGGAGAAGCUAUAAUAGGAUAUUUACUUGUAAAUGGUUAUUUACAAGAAGACUUUCAUUUCUCUGCAUAUUCUACAAUAUCAUAUAUAAAACGUGGGCCCAAAGCAGUAUUAGCACUUGAUACUACUCACGAAAUAUUUUUUAAUUAUGAAUUACAUUAAUUUAUAUAAUCAUCAUACAUUAUGAUCUGUGAUAUAAU